GAUCGUCUCUGACGUACCAGUACCAAUCUGGCUCCGCUCGUCACAAAUCCGUCUGUGCAUCGCGUCGGCGACCAGGAGGCGACGAGGCAGGCAGAGCGGGCGGCGACUACAGCGGCAGCAGAUCUCACGGCAUGGCGGCGAAGGCGAUCUCGAGCCCCGUGCCGGUGGAGUGGUAUCCGACGCUGGCCGUCGUCAUGGUAUCCGUAGGCCUCAUGUUCACCGCCUCCUUCUUCAUCUAUGAAGCUACUUCAUCCAAGCGGAGCCGUAGCCUGGCAAAGGAGAUCACAACAGCAGCUGUUGCUUCUGUUUUACUGGGCUUUGGGUCUCUGUUCGUGCUCCUUGCAAGUGGUGUUUAUGUUUGACGACUGCGUAUGGGGCCGUGUUCUUGGAUUCAGCAGACUUAGGGCAUGUACAAGUCUGAGACUCCAUUUUUCUAUGAGACAGCUAAGAGACUAUAUGACAUAACUUUAAGACUCAGUAUUAUAAAUGCAGUUAAUAGACAACAUGCGUAGAGUCGUAAAGAGGCGGGCUCUUAGCGAAGAGCUUG